GUAUCGUUAUGUGACACCCGCCAACAUUCCCCCACUCGCUCACCCAUCCCUCGAAUAUGACCGUAGUCUCCAAUGCUCCCAGUUGGUGGCCGUUCAUCAGUUUGCGUAUUUUUUUAAGUCAUUGGACCGUUGCCGCAGGCCUCGUGGUGGUAUACGAUUGGGUACUAACACUCGGACAAGAGAUUGAACUGAUCUGGAGGCAACGCUGGUCUCUCAUGAGUGUGCUGUAUAUCGCUAUACGCUAUAUUGGAAUACGAUAUUCUGUUGCCAAUGUUCUGAUGUGUAUGCCAAUGAUUUCGCUGACAGAUACAGUGAGUAUUCCGCAACCAUCUCAUUCCAAUGCAAUGAAUAUACUCAUUUGUAGGGGCAACAUCGUGUACUACCCAGUAAAUGGGAUAACUGUGGUCGUAACUGCCAUGUUGUGCGUCAUCAUGAUUACUCGGCUAUAUGCCAUGUACCAGAGAUCUAGAAUUAUUCUUAUCAUCCUUGUCAUUAUAUUCCUGGCUAUAAACAUCGCUUGCGGAAUAAUCGCAGCAAUAGCACUCAAGCAUACUGUAGCAGGGGAAUUGAUAAUUUCCGGCAUGUAUAUGUGCAAUUUUGAAUAUGAGGGGGAUGCCCAGCUUCUGGCCACAAUGGUUUGGAUGCUCAACACUGUGUGGGAGGUUCUCGCAUUAUGUCUUGCAGUCUGGAUUGCUGUAAAACACUUCCGUGACCUGCGGCGACUCAGCCCAUCGACAGGAUCAACCAUCGGAGACUGUUUCAGAGUGCUAAUAAAAUCUCACGUGCUUUAUUUUGCAAGCUUUGUUGGUGUGUCUUCCCUCCAGCUUACGAUUCUUUCUCCAGAGGUCUUGCAUUCACAUUCAGCUCUGAUACUCAUUGGUGUUCUUCAGAUUUUACUGAGUGUGCAGUUGUUUGUACUGGGACCGCGCCUCAUCCUUAGCGUUCGAGAACAUUACGCUAAACUCGUAGCCAACUCCGAUGCAGAAACUAGCAUGAAUUCGAUUGUCUUCCAGGAGCGUGUACAUGUACCAACUAGCAGUACUGUGUAAGGAAAUACUUGUCAAGUGGUUUCCAGGGAGGAGAAAUCUGGUCGAGGAUCUGUUGUGGUAUUUAUUUAACAUCUAGUGUGUUUGAAAGGUCUAGGUAAACCCAUUUAUUGUUGUACCACUGCUGCAACCAUUGCAAGUUGUUGCAAGUAGCUACUCACCCACGCUUGUGGCAACAAGUGGUAAGCGGAAAUGAUCCGAAACGUCUAGCAAUUAAGCCAUUGCUACUAAACAUGAGCUAGAUACAGAUAUGCAUAUAUACUUGACUUGGAAUAAAU